UAUUGUGUAUCACCCGCAGAUGAAGAGCGUACAUGCAUGCCAAAGUAUAGGUUGAUGUUUCCCUUCAUGUGGGGAAAUACGUUCAUGGGAAGGGCAGCAAGAAUGGCGGCAGACCAGGCAAAACCCGUCUUACUUAACAGCUUCAAGGGACAUUUCAUGCCUGUUUCAGGACUGACUUAUAUCGAUGAGUGCCAAAUUCUUUUAAGUUGCAGUGCAGAUUUUAGCGUAAGAAUGUGGACGUUGGGAGGUCGAUAUUUACAGACCAUUGGUACGUUCAAGCCUUGGAAGAAUAUUCGACAAGGGCAACCAGUUCCACCCACUUUUCAAUUUAGUAUUCCUCCAGAUAUAAAGAAAGUCGCUAGUUCUACCACCUUGAGGGUACUUUCUGGUGGUUCUUUCGAGAAAAAACUUACUAUAAAACAAUUACAAAAACGAGCUGAGAAUAGUUUGGUACAAGUCGAUCAAACGAAGAUUUAUGGAAAGCCGCUCGAAGACCCGCUUUUAGGGAAUUAUUACACACUUCCAGAGAGAACAGUAAAUCCGAAGGACGUGAUAUUUGAUAUGUCAUUCCCUUAUAUUCCUGUUUAUCAGCACUUAAUUAUGCCAGGACUUGUGCCUAUUGAAAUUUCAGACGAUAUUUGUCGUAAACAUAAAUUGCAAGGAAGCAGUGAAGACAAGUCAUAA